CAGUGACGCGGUGUGACUUCACACGGAGGCUGGAGGAGGACGCCGCCGCUCCGCGCAGCUCUCUGACCGUCUCCUCUCGUUCUCUCGGCGGGCGUCAGGCUGCACAUUGCCGGAAGGAUGGAGCCAGCGGGAGCGUACGGCGCCAGGAAGGCCGGCAGCAUCCCCUUCGAUCCGGUCGCCUUCUUCACGCAUCCCCGGACCAUCCUCAGACUGAUGUCGUGGGUUUUCUCCAUGGUGGUGUUCAGCUGCAUCGUGAACGAGGGCUACAUCAACAUCGGCAGCGAGCGUUUGCUCUGCGUCUUUAACAACAACGCUGAUGCCUGUAACUAUGGCGUUACCGUGGGCGUGGCCUGUUUUGUGGGCAGCAUCUUUUUCCUGAUCCUGGACAUUUACUUCCCCUCCAUCAGCAGCGUCAAGGACAGAAGACGGGCUGUAAUGCUGGACCUCGGCUUCUCUGGUCUUGCAAGCUUCCUGUGGUUCGUUGGCUUCUGUUUUCUGGCCAAUCAGUGGCAGGCUACCUCAGCAGACGAGCUGCCAUUGGCCCAGGGCUCAGACGCUGCCAGAGCCACCAUCGCUUUCUGCUUCUUCUCCAUCCUAACCUGGGUUGUACUGACGCUGAGUGCACUGCGGCGCUUCCUAACUGGCAGCAACACAAACUUGUUCACAUGGCAACACCUGGAUCCUCCCCUCGGCAGUGCUAGAGCUACACCGUACCCCAUCGCAAACGGAGCUACCAUAGUAACCACCAACCCCUAUCAAGCGCCUCCUUUCACUGAAACCCUGGACCCGCAGAAACUCACACAGCAGAGACCUGUGGCUCCUGCCUUCUAGAGACAGACAGAAAGAGGUGUGUGUUGAAAUACACUGUGUUCGACGCGGGCACAGACAAUGUCCUGCCUCGCUGAUUAGUGGCUUUCAAUCCUCUCCUGGGAUUGGUGGGCUUUUUGGGUCAUGUGAGGAUGUAUGAUCUGUUUUCACCAUGGCAACUGCUGGCUCAGCUUAGUUAGUAGAAACUCUGUGUCAAGAAUUGUCAUCUUCUGCACACACACACAUACACACACACAUUGAUGCACGCAAAGACAGCUGUAUUCACUCACACCUGGAUAUAUAUGUGUACAAGUGGAAACGCAUUUAUGUAACACAUUUCUGUGUGUAUAUAUAUAUAUAUAUACACACACACACCUGGAAGCACAGACACAUGCACCCUGACUGCAUGUUUGUAUGGAGAGAUGCAGAAUAACAUAGAUAUAGAUCUGUCAUGAUGCUCCAUCUGCCUUAUAAAGGGAUACAAGGUCUUUAGUGAAGAAAAUAUGAAGGACCCUGGAGCGUUGUUUAUCUGCUUCUGUUUGCCCUCAGUCAGUCUGACCCAUCACAAGCUGCCCUGCAGAGAUGUGGCCUCCGAUCAGGUGAAAUUGAGACUGAAUGGCAGCUUGACCAAUAGAUUGCAAGGAAACUAGUGCGGGGUUGGCAGAAAUUGUUACAUUUCUCUUGGCAAGAAAGCAAAGGCAGGAUAGCUUAAUGCAUUCUGAAUUCUAUAGUGUUUCAGUGUGAAAUAUUCAUGUGAUUAAAUAUUUUAUUGUGAUAUGCUGAAGUGGUAAAGUGAAAUAUGAAAAAUAAAAUCUAUCUGCCACCACUAUCAGAGCUGUGAAAGUAUUUUUGUUCACAUUAACUUUAAACGUUUUGCUUCUUGCAAUGUGAGAAACUUCUUUUAGUAAAAGUAUGUAUUGAGAGCUAGAUCCAACGAUGUGUUAUGCAUAUUAAUCAACAUCUACUGGAGGACUAUAAUUAGAAAGUGUGCUUGAAUUUAUUAGCAGCAGCAGGCAACAGCUGUACUGUAUGUUGACUUUAUUUUUGGAUUAAACGAAU